AACCCUUCCGACUUACGUUUAGUCUCCACUCUUUCGUGACUACGGGUCUGGUAGUGGCAAGAAAAAUUUCGCCAUGGCUACGGGAGGCGGAGGGGCAGCAGCGGCUAGCUCGUCAUAUCCGUCAUUGAUCAAAGCAUAUGCUGUGCCUUUCUUUCUUUUCGCUGUUUCUAUUUUCUAUCAGCUCGUCGUUCUCCCUCGCUCUUUUCCUCCGUCUCAUUAUGAUGUUUUGGGGAUUAAAAGGUUUUCUUCUAUUGAAGAAGUGAAAGAUGCCUACGAGAAACUGUCUUCAAAGUGGAAUUCAAGCGCUGAGGUUCCUAGUGCUGCUGAUUUUAUAGAGAUUCAAUAUGCUUAUGAGUUGCUGAAGAAUCCUUUAUGGAAAAGAGACUAUGACAUAUUUGGCAUUGACGAGCAACUUGAUGUUCUCAACAAUCGAAGGGAGCAAUACGCUGGGAAAAGCUUUUCACAAAUAGCCCUUCCCUUACUAGAUGCAAGGUCUUCUGAUCCUGAAGAUCAUGGUCUUCCUAUCAUUACAUCUGAGGACUUCAGGUCUAUGUUUAGUAAUUCUAAGCCAUGGCUUAUUCAGAUAUAUUCACUUGGGAGCAGUCGCAGUGCUCAGUUUUUUAAUUCUUGGAAAGAAAUCGCUUCUUUAUUGGAUGGAGUUGCAAAUACUGGUAUGGUGGAACUUGGCGAGGUUCAAGUUGCAACAUCCCUUGCUGAGAGAAAGCCGACAGGCCAUUUCUUCUUUAGGAAUGGGCUUCCUUCACUUGUUGCAUUUCCACUGGGGUGUAAAACUUCAGAUUGUCUUGUUAGGUAUGAGGGAGAUCUCUCAGUUGAUGCAGUUACUGAUUGGUUUGCAACUGUCAUCCUUGGUUUACCUCGCAUUUUAUAUCAUUCAAAGGAGACACUGGGAAAGAAUUUUCUCGCAAAAAGUGGUCCGCACAAGGUGAAAGUUAUUUUAUUCUCAAAAACAGGAGUGCGUGCUACUCCAUUCGUACGACAAACCGCUAAAAAUUAUUGGUCUUAUGCCUCAUUUGCAUUUGUGCUAUGGCGAGAAGAGGAUUUCUCCUUUUGGUGGAAUACGUUUGAGGUGGAAUCUGCCCCUGCUAUUGUAUUCUUGAAAGAUCCAGGUGUUAAACCUGUUGUUUUCCAUGGAUUAUUCAAUAAUUCAUGGUUUUCAGAUGUCAUGGAAAAAAAUAAACAGCAAGAACUUCCUCAGUUAAGAAGUACGACAUCAAUGGAGCUUGGUUGUGAUGCCCGAGGCUAUUCUCGUGCUGGAUUUGAUACCACAUCAUGGUACUGUGUUAUUCUAGCAGGAAGACUGGGCCCAGAACUCAACAAAAUGCGCGAAACCAUGCGCAGGGUAGGAGAACUAUUAUCAAGUGAUGGAAAAUUGAGUGAUGUUGAUGAUGACCAAUCCUUAUUGCUGGCAACUGCACUGAAAAACAAACGACUGACAUUUGCUUGGCUUGAUGGUGAAGCCCAAGAGAAAUAUUGUCUCUUCUACCUUCAUUCAGAAACCAGCUAUGACACCUGCGGACCGAGGAGGGAUCUGAGUGAUGUGCCUAGGUUAUUUAUUGUACGUUACAAAAGGAAUACUACUCAAGAUAAUGUCAGGGGUAAAAGAAAUGCAUUCGAUGAUGAAGAUGCAGAUCCUGCAUCACAGCUUGUAGCAAGAUACAAUGGUUCGGAUGAAACUCCACAGAUUGCUCGAUGGAUUGCAGAAACAAUUAGUGAUGGUGAGACCAGGGAUCUUCCCUUCUUUAAAAUAAAAGCUCCUGAUCUUGUUCCUGAAGACUCAGAUCCUAUCUGGUCAAGAGGUGCCCAAAAUAUUCUAUACAAAAGUGUGGGUGUCAAGCACUGGAUCUACAGAAUUAAAAGCAGAAUUUAUGAUCACAUGGGAGAUCCAAGGAUUGGCCCAAUAUUACUUUUGGGGGCUUUGAUGUCUUUCGGUGCUGUAUGGCUCAUGAGAAGUCAACCAGCUCAUCGUGGUCAGUCAAGUCAACCGAGUGAAUCAGGUUUGGAGAAGGAUGAAACUACAGAAAAACGAAGAGAACGAAGAAGAAAUGUGUUGAAAAGGAAUGUACCUCCUUCCAUUUCCGAUAUAGAGCCGAAAGAUGCAUACCAGAUGCCGAUGUCAGAUUCUGAUUCCAAUUAAUUGGUCUUGCAUUGUUUUUGAGUAAUGAUGUAGCCUUGAAGCUUGUAGUGAUCAGAAUAGUCGCAAGUAACAACCUGAAACUUUAUUUUGUUAGGUUCAAUAGUUAUUUAUGCAGAGCAUGGAGCUGUUUAACCUCGGAAUGGGGAAUAUAAUUGAUUUAUAGUAUUUAGUAAAGUGAAUUUCAUAUCAACUGAAAAUUAGUCCAAUUAUCAUUCAGCUUUCCAUCGAGUAGUUUAUAUGAUGGGAUUAGUUGAUAG